AUGAGUCGUCCGUCCGUCCAGAACUUUCUCGUCCAUUCGGUCUAUCCCGCGGGUCUGGCUGGUCUGGGUGUUGCUGGCAACAGAUAUCUUCUCGGAAGCCAGUCGGAAAAGGUGGAGGUCGAGCUGAGAUCACGGAUGGAUGUCGUCAAAAACGAUCUGGGGAUCGUGAAGGAGGACGUCACAGGCCUUGUGGACAUGGAGCGUCGCAAAGCUGAUGCUGUGGAGAGGAUGCUGGAUUGCGGAAAGAAGAAGAAGAAGUGA